AUCAUCCUAUCACAUUUCCCCUUCUUGUUUCUUUACCCCAUUUCGCACUCCGAGUUCGCCGUCUUGCGGUACAGAACGAGGUACCAGUUCAACAGGGGCCAUCAAUCCAUUUGUCACAACCCGGCCCGGAUUCUCAUUCUCCUGUGACCGCUUUAUAAAUGAUGCCUCGUCUCCCACUCCCUACCCAGCUUCGCAAACCCUCUAAUCCAUCCAAGCAGUCUCAACACCCUGCUCCACCGCUUCCUCCUCAUCCUCCCACUUCAUCAUCCAAUCUAAAAUCGGUUCGGUCCUUUCGACGAAAAGAUACCUUUCCUCUUGCUCGCUUGCCACCGCCACCUCCUCCACUACCAGUCCAUCAAUCUCGCAUCGAUCGACUCGUAUUCCUCGACACUCCAACCGCCCAUUCACAUUACAAACCAUUGAACAUCAUGGUUCCUCCCGUUUCCGUCACCGUCCGAGCGGCUGAGACCCCGGUCUCUCCUUCUUCAUCACGCAAAGCCGUCAAGGCUUCUGCGACCGCCUCAGCUCCUUCUUCUCGACCACCUACGACACGCUCUGACCCCUUUUACGGUCAUGAAGAGACUGCCGUGUUGUGUGCUCGAUUCGUGAGUCAUUCAUCAUCACACUAGGCGUGAUCGUGAUUCAUAAUCUGACCUGCGCACCGCUUCAGAUUACCUCCCUCUUCGCUUGCCCCAACAUCCCCACUGGUGUCGCUCCUGGCUCACCUACGCCUACCCUCGCCCACUUUGUCGCUUA